CAUUGCAACCUUCUUACUGUCACACUGUCGCACACUAAUUAAGCCUCCCUGAGAACGUCGCUACCACCGCUGUCGCACUGAGCACUUUGCUAUCGCUCACUCACCCGCCCGCAACCGCCCUCGUAACCUCGGCCGCUGCUUCCUCCACAACUACCGUCUGCACGAUGAAAAGACUACACCCUAUGCUAGUCGCCUGCGGGUCCGCACUCAUAAUUGACUGCUGCUCCAAUAUCAUCGCCCAACGACUGAAGGCAUGGAGUGACGAGAAGCCCUUCGUGUUCGAUCGCGUGCUCUUCUUCCAGUUUGCUUUUAUGGUGGUCCUUACUGCGCCUGUAAACUACCACUGGCAACAUUGGCUCGAGCGUACUUUCCCCGGAUGGAAGACCGUAAAGCGGACAAGGCUUGCGACGAACGAAGAUGGUGAUGCUGCGGAGAAGGCUGUCUUUCUGAAGGAGGACGGGGAAGAUAAGCGUAUGGUUGAGGAGGAUGUCUUGGAGCGCAAUUGGCUGAAUAUCUUCAAGAAGUGGUUCACAGAUUGCAUUACCAUGGGCGCACUCCUAAACCAGACCAUGUUCUUGAUCUUGAUAGGCCUCCUGAAAGGCAAAACAGGUGCCCAGAUCGUGCAAAGCUUCCACAACGAGCUCUUCAAGCUUAUCUGGGACUCGUACAAGGUCUGGCCGAUCGCCAAUUUCUUCAGCACUACAUACUGCCCUGUCGAGAAGCGUAUGAUCUUCCUGAGCUUCUGCGGCCUGUUGUGGAACAUUUAUCUUUCUCUUGUCGCCCAGCGAUUGUAGUGCAACAGCAAAUG